UGUGUAGGAUACCUACUCUCCCCCCCACCUCUCUUUCUCCCCGGCUCCAAUCUCGGGCUGCAGACAGCAUGUCAUCGCGUCUCAGAAGACACUGAGACAAAUGACAGGGAGCUGUGUCUGUGGCCCGGUGUGUCAGCUGCCAUGGAUCCGAUUUAACUUAAUUUAGGCCACUGAUAAGACUCUGAUUAUCAGACCAGAAUUAGAAGUUGCGGAGAUGGACGGGGCGGAUGUGAGCCAGCAGCCCGACGAUGAGCUGCUGAUGCUGGGGAAGGACGACCUGAUCCGGAGGCUGAGGCGCUUUGAGAGCCUCAACAUGGACCUGAUCGUGGAGCACGGAAACAUGAUGAAGGAGGUGAACCGGAGCCUGCAGGUGCACCUUCACGAGAUCCGGAGUCUGAAGGAGGCCAACCAGAAACUGCACAGAGAGAACCAGGAGCUCCGGGAGCUCUGCUGCUUCCUGGACGAUGACCGGCAGAAGGGCAGGAAGGUGUCCCGGGAGUGGCAGCGCUUCGGCCGCUACACGGCAAGCGUCCUGUGGAGGGAUGUCGGGCUGUACCAGCAGAAGCUGCGGGAGCUGGAGAGCAGCCAGGAGGCGCUGAGGACGGAGAACACGGAGCUGAAGGAGAUCCUCCUCAUGCUGGAUGAGGACAGGAGCGGACCCGGCUCGCGGAGCUCCAUAGACAGCCAGUCCAGCCUCAGCAGCCUCACCUGCCCGGCGCUGCUGCGGGACGCCGGGGAUGGGAGCAGCUCAUCCAGCACCGGUAGCGCUGGGAGUCCGGACCACUCUCACUCAGUGCCUAAGGGGAAGAUGGGCUCCAUGAGGCGGGCUGCGGACCUGCACAGAGGAGCCGGCCUCAGUGAUCCUCCGUUGAUUUUGGAUGUCUUAUGCAGGAAGAGAGCUCCGUUUGUUUAGUUCUCUGCCUUGAAAUAAAGGUGUGGAGAAAGCUGGAUGAAACUGCUGGAUCCAGCAAAACUGUUUUAACAGACCUUUAAAGACCACAGGUGAGCCACCAGUGGUCCCAACAUCCUUACACUACUCCUCUGGACUGGAGACUUUUCAGCACAGUGUAUGUUCUCUGUCACACCAGUGUCUACUCAGCCUGAAGACAACCUGCGUCAUAGUGGAUAUCCCGUCUUGCAAAGCUACCGAGACAGACAGUCACACCUUUGAAGCACGUGGACCCACAACAGCCACUCUUCUACUCUGGCUCACAGACUUGUGCCGUGUGGAUACUUUCCUUAUCACACUGCCCUGUCGUACACUGUGGACACUGCGCAGUGUGUUCAUUUCAACCAUGUGGUGUUGUUGUCUCAAAUCGCACACAGCGGCAGUGCCAUCGCCAGAAGUGAUGAUUGCUGCUGCUAGCUAAUCAUUACGUACUGCUCAAUUGACCCUAUAGUAUAUGGAUAGCUUUUUCAACACCAUUAAAUAGGUACGUUAAUAAAUGAAUAAAAAAGGCCCCAUCUAUAACCACUAGUGCUGUGUUCACGGGAGCAAACAAAUCACGGGAAAAGUCAAAAUUGCACUGCUUGUUUUGGUCAUUGAGUUACACCUUGUGAUGAAGUGAUCCUCUGUGAAGCGGCAUUUUAGAGAGUGAAGAGGGCUGUGUAAUAUAUAUAUAUAUAUAUAUAUAUAUAAAUAUUUCGGUAUAUAAAUAUUUAUUUAGGUAACCAUAGACCAGCAUGACUUGUAUUUCUUAAUAAGCUGUAUAAAGCUGAUCGUAUUUUAGCAGAACUGAACACAUUGAAAAAGGCCAUGUGUUGGUGAUCGUAACAUGAGGAAGUACUGUCAGAAAAUGUACACUAAAGAAGUAAUAGUACCAGUGAUUCAACAGGAUACUUCAACAUCUGAUGAUCUGAACAACCAAUUCAUAUAAUGUUGGGUAAGUUUAACCUACAGUAUAAAAAUGCAUUUUGUUUUACAUACUGUUUCCAGACCUCUGAAUCCAUACCAGCAUCUCCAAUUGGUUCAAUAGUGAAUAAGUCCAAACAAAAUGGCAAUUAAUUUAAAUAAAAAAUGUGAGGUCAGAUACAUUUGGAGUAAAACAUAUGUAACAAAGCAUAGACAGUAAAUCCUUAAGUAAAGUACAUUGAUCAUUGUGCCAUUAUAUAAGGAAACAUAACUUAAAUACUCAGAAAUAUGUGGUAUUCAAAUAUUUGCAUCUUUUUAGUUCCACUUUUUAUUUGGGAAUUGCUUUCAGUGAAGGCCAAAGUUAGCAGGGAAGUUUCAGUGAUGGCUGCCAUUCUCCAUUUACUCACAAGGUGGAAUCAUAACUCCAUAUAAUGGAAUCUGGACAGCGUGAGAUCAGUGUGUAUCAUGUGUGGAUGUCUGUAUUGUUGGUAACCUAAAUGUACCCUUAAAUAUUCCCUGUGUCUCAUUAAUGCACAUAUAAAACCCACUUUGUAUAUAUUGUAAAAUAAAAUACCGUAAUGGGAUCAAGAAAGUAUAUCUAAUUUAAUCAGAUGAUGUGAAAAAUUCCCUGAGUUGUGUUUUUCCAUUAAACAUAC